CCGAUUCAGAGCAGCCUAUCCGCUCAGACUCAGUCGCAUUGCCGCAACUCGGGCGGUGUGCGCGGUGUACCGAGCGAGAGAGAGGGGGGAAGAAACCAUGGGCAAACUGCACAGAUUCGAUAUCAGUUUUAACAACAACAAAGUGGUGUAUGGCCCCGGGGAGUCGAUUUCAGGAGCCGUGAAUAUUUGCCUCAAUAACCCCUUGCCGUUUAAAGCCAUUAAAGUGAACUGCGGGGGAUUGUGUGGCGUGUCGAGCAAGAUGAACGACACCUCGUGGACAGUGGAGGAGCCCUACUUCAACAGCACGCUGACACUGGCAGACAAAGGCACUCUUCCUGCAGGAGAGCACACCUACACAUUCCAGUUUCUACUACCAGUCUCUGCCCCGACCUCGUUCGAAGGCUCGUUUGGGAAGAUCAUGUACCGCAUGAGAGUGGUGAUUGACACGCCUCGCUUUGCAAAGGACUACAAGGUCGAGAAGCCCUUCUACCUGCUGAGCCUGCUCAACCUCAAUGAGGUCCCCAAUAUCGAGCAGCCCAGCACAGCCACCACCACGAAGAAGUUCAGCUACCUGCUGGUGAAGACGGGCACGGUGACACUGACAGCGAGCAGCGACCUGCGAGGGUACGCCCCGGGACAGGUGAUCAAGCUCUCCACGGAGCUGUACAACAAAUCAGGCAAGGACACGGGCAGCAUCAUCGCCAGCCUCAUCCAGAAAGUGACGUACAAGUCGAAGCGGGCGAUCUAUGACCUGCGCACCAUCGCGGAGGUGGAGGGGGCGGGGGUGAAGGGUGGGAAGAACGCAGAGUGGAAGGAGCAGAUCAUCGUGCCCCCCUUACCCCAGUCUGAUCUGAGGGGCUGCACCCUCAUCGAGAUCGACUACUUCAUCCAGGUUUCUUUGAAGUAUCCGGAGGUGCAGGUGACGUUACCCAUCUACAUUGGGAACAUCUCCAUCAACAGCCCCCCCAUCACCCCCUCCUGGACCCCCAGGCGUGCCGCCCCGGUCGCCCCCAGCGUGACCCCCAGCGCCCCUCCAGUGGAGAACGACCUGGCCAGCGGGAUGGACAGCGAGGAGAUCCCCACCAAGAGCCACUCCCAGCAGCAAUCCUACGGAGACCAGCCCCUGCCCGCCUUCUCCCCCAGGUCCUUCAGCUACGCCCCGGGCCUCAGCUUCCCCGAGCACUCUCAGCCGGACCCCAGCGGGACCUCCACCGGGCCUCUCUUCUGUGUCUCCACGGGGUCCACCAUCCCGUAUUUCACUGAGGGAGCCGCAGCACCCGUCCCGACGGCCUGUCCACUGAUCCUGCCUCCCGAGUACAGCACCUGGGGUCACCCCUACGAGUCUCCUCCAUCCUACGAAGACAGCUGCAGCAGCAACGCUGACGGGAAAUAGAGUCGGAGAGGGGUCCCUGUCUGGAACAGCACAGCACACAGUGACACGGCAGCCUGCCUGCCUCCCCACCGCUCAACUGCACUCAGAGGCAUUUCAUACAUUCUUCAUAUUUUUACUGUUCUUGGAAAAGGGAUCACUGUUUCUCCCUGUCCUUCGAAUAACGUUUUAUCAGACGAGAGAGAGAGAGAGGAGAGACUAUUGUAAUAAUAAUAAUAAUAAUAAUGAUGAUAAUCACCUGUAUUUCUUGGUGGGUCUACUUGGGCUCCAGUCCUCGGAUAGUCCUCAGUGCUGUAUACCUGGAUAAACCGUGUUCAACUCAACUCUGGACCCGAGAUUUUAUAGAUAGAUACUUUUCUAGUUGUAUUUGUUUGAAUACUAGCAUCUGUGAUGCCUUAAACAGAAAUACUACUGACUCUGCAUCGCGUCUCCUUUUUUAUAUAUCACUACCAAAGCUGGCCUUUUACACCCGGUGUCAAAACGAAAACGUGCUAAAACAUAAAACUAAACCAAAAAAGAAAAAGGGGGUGGGGGGGUUGGGACGUCAAAUGAGAACUUGGGAAGGUCGCCUCCUGGGUCUGAGCUGCGGAAUAUUCCAACGACGCGGAUUACAGAACAAAACGAGUGCGAGACUACGGGAGGAAAGCAGGCGUCGGGGAAACGUUCCUCUUCUGUGCUCUUAUGGAGUUUCGGGUUGUGAUCUCUGGAGCAUCUGCAGUGCAGCUCUUUGGACGGGGAGGGCGACUGCAAACACAGCGCCUGUUGAGAAUGUGCUGCAGCACAAGGGGUGGCAAGGGUUAAACUGAAUCACUUUACACAAAUAUCUAGCACUGACCCAUUCAUUACUAGCACAGCACUGGUCUGUCAGCUCCUGGGUACUGUAAGUAUGCACAAUACCAGACUGACAUACAGUAUAACAUCUGCACAGCCUGAGCUCCGUGUCUUGUAUUCAUCGGCCAUUCGUAAUACUGCAGAUAACCCCCUGCCUGCCUCCCGGAUGAAUUGUGUACCGUCAUGGCAAGAGAUGAGAUACCAGGAUAAGGAGCUGACAGAAGGAAGAGAGAGGGGAGGCUUCUUUUGAAGUUGCUGCAGUUGGAAGCCGCAGCCCUUCCUCCCUAUCUGAAGGGCGCCUGCUUGUUAACAUCACUGAUGCAGCUAUGGUGCCCGUGUGCUUUACAGAGUGUCAUCGACUGAGCCCUGCAGUGCGUCGCAGCACAGAACGGAGCUGCCUGCUGUCCCUUCCUCGUCCUUGAUUAAUGGGGUUCACUGGGAAUCUUGGAAGAGCGCUGAGCCGCUGCCCACGCUAAUGCCUUACUUACGUGAUUGUUUUUCUGUUGAAUGUGUUUUUUA